AUGGAGAGUGCAUCAGACAAAAAAUCAGUUGCCGACCUGGAGGUAGGAGACCUAUCGAGGUCCAUUGACAUGGUGCCCGGAACCAGGCUGCUGCUUGGCCAGGGCCAGAAUUCACUUGGUUCUUCUGGCAUCAUCCUCUCCCCUGAACCUUCUAGCGACCCCGAUGAUCCCCUCAAUUGGAGCGCCCUCCGCAAAUUCCUCUCAUUCUUUGUGGUCAAUCUAUACUCAUUCAUGGUCGCCGUCGUGGCACUGUCGACUGCUGUGACCUACGGUGCUCUCAUUGCCGAGUUCCACACCACGGCAGCGUAUCUUAAUGUUGGAACCGCCAUCUCUAUUCUCUUUAUUGGGAUGGGUAAUAUUAUCUGGAACCCUCUGGCACUUCGCUAUGGUCGUCGUCCAGUUUAUAUCUUAUCUUGUUUUUUGACUGGCAUUGCCCAAGUCAUUGCGGCAACUGCUAAUAGAAGCGAUGUCUUUGUCGGCUCUCGAAUCUUGAUGGGUUUUGUUGCAGCCCCUUUCGAGCAGCUUCCUGCGGUUACCGUUAAUGAUCAAUUCUUUGUUCAUCAACGAGGUUUUGCACUGUCGAUGUAUGUUCUUGCGGCUACUCUGGGAUCUUUUCUCGGCCCGCUCGCCACCGGCUUCAUCGUUGAUGGCGUUGGAUGGAGGUGGGUGUACUGGACCUUUUCCAUCGUUAUGGCACUCGUCACCAUCCUCGCCUUCUUCUUGUUGGAAGAAACUGGAUACGAUCGAGAGGACACCAUAGUUCCGGCUUCAGAAUCACACCCACGGCUCAAGAGCUACUCCGAUCGAUUGAGAUUGAUGUCUACCUUCAGGUUGUCUCAAAGCUUCGUAUCUUUGCUAAUCGAACCGCUCAAACUUGUCGUUGAACCCAUCAUUCUCUGGUCAAGCUGUCUCUAUGGUUUCGGCAUCGCCUGGCUCUCAAUCAUGGCUUUUACAUCCAACACGGUCUUUCAGAGCCCGCUGUAUGGUUACAACUUCAGUUACACUGCGGUCGGCCUGACGAGCCUUUCACCGCUCGUGGGCAGUUUACUCCUGUUUUACGUGGGUGGAGCUGGAACAGACCGAUUCAUGAUACGGCAGGCUCGCCACAACGGCGGUGUCAUGGAGCCCGAGUCCAGGAUUUAUGCCGCACUAGUGGGAGGCCCUAUCAUGAGUGCCGGGCUUAUUCUCUAUGGAGCGGGGGCCUCUGCUAAGCUGCAUUGGAUGGUGCCGGUAGUGGGAAUGGGGCUUAUUGGAGCAGGCAUCCCCAUUGCUGGUGAAGUCUCUCUUGGCUAUGUCACCGAAUGUUACUCGCACAAGGCUGGACAGGCUACGACUGCUAUGAUUACAGUUCGUAAUAUCAUUGCAUGCGGUAUGAUCUUCGCCACGGAGCCCUGGAUUAACCAUAAUGGGUUGAAGGAUACAUUCAUUAUCAUGGGCGUCCUCUGUCUUGUAGGAUUCUGGUCUGGGGCCCUCCUUAUUUGGAAGGGCAAAAGCUGCCGCCGUCGAUCAGCCAAGGUUUGGGGAUUGUCAUGA